UCUCUCUCUCUCUCUCUCUCUCUCUCUCUCUCUCUCUCUCUCUCUCUCUCUUUCUCUCUCUCUCUCUCGCACACACAGUGAGAACUGACCGACUGACAGAACAAGGACAGAAACUAAAAAGGAGAGUCAGAGAGACAUACAAAACAUAGAGACACCCAGAGAGAUAGAGGAGAGAGACACAGAAGAGACUGUGAGACAAGCCAAAGUCCAAGAGAGAUUCAACAGAGGAAAACAGAGAGAAGAGAUACCUGCAAAGAGAAAGGGAGCAGAAACAGAGAAAAAGUUCUGCGUCAGUGACGGAGCCUGAAAAAGAGACCAGAGAAGAGGCGAGACAGAGACAGAGGGCUAGAGAGAGAGUCAGAGACAGAGUGGGGAGUGGAACGGCCAGAGGAGGCAAGCACCCCAGAGGGAGGGUCUUCCAAGGCACAGCACCCAAGGCGACCCUGAGAUGGAGAACGGAGAGCAAGAGCCCUUCGAAGAUGGGGACUUGGAGGAGGACCCAGCAUUAGCCCUCCAACGUCUCGUUGAUCUCACAGCCAGUAGGGUGACUCCUGUUCGGACGCUGAGAUCCUGCUACCGGCUGGUCCAGGAGCUGGGUGCUGGCACGUAUGGCCGUGUCCUCCUGGCCCAGCCCCGUCGAGGGGGUCCACCUGUCGCCCUGAAGCUGCUCCCACGGGCCUCUGCAUCCUGGGCCACCUUCCUUCGGGAGUUCUGUGUGGGUCGCUGCGUAUCCUCGCAUCCGGGCCUGCUCAGCACCCUGGCCCCACCACUGCAGAGCCCCCGCCACUAUGCCUUUGCCCAGGAGUUUGCGCCCUGUGGAGACCUCAGUGGAAUGUUGGAGAACAGGGGCCUCCCCGAGCUCCAGCUGAGGCGAGUGGGGGUCCAGCUGGCCGGAGCCCUGGACUUCCUGCAUUCCCGGGGCCUGGUCCAUGCUGAUGUCAAGCCGGACAACGUUCUGGUCUUUGACAGAGCCUGCCGCCGCAUAGCCCUGGGGGACUUCGGGCUGACCAGGCCGGAGGGCUGCCCGGCCCCAGCCCCGCCAGGACCCCUGCCCUCAGCACCUCCCGAGCUCUGCCUCCUCCAGCCCCCAGACACCCUGGCCCUCCGGCCUGAGCUAGACUCCUGGGGGCUGGGCGUGCUCCUCUUCUGUGCGGCCACCGCCUGCUUUCCCUGGUCUGUGGCCCUGGCUCCUGACCCUGGGUUCGAAACAUUUGCCGGCUGGCUGACAGCCUGUCCCCAGCCAGCCGUGCCACCCCAGCCCUGGGCCCAGUUCUCUCUGGCUGCUCAGACCCUUCUCCGGGGCCUGCUUGCCCUUGAACCAGAGAAGAGGAGCCGUCCCGCAGCUGUGCUGGACUGGGCUGGGGAGCCUUGGGUGGUGGUGGGGGCCAGGGCAGAGGAGGAGGAGGAAGACUUCGGGGGAGGAGGAGAGGAGAAAGGCACUGGUGGGGAAGAGGAGGCCAGCUUAGAUGAGGGCUCGGAGGAAGAGGAAGGAGCCCAGAUGGGGACAGGAUCAUAGGGCCAGCCCAGGGGACUCCCUGACCAGGUGGUGAGGCAGGUGGUCUGGGCUACAGCCAAGUUCCCUCCCCCCCCACCACCACCCCACCCACGCACAGGGGCCACCUGGACUGACGAGACAGCUGGUGUGGGGAGUGAGGGGGGAGGUGAAAGGUGACCUUUCUCACCUCCUCCUGAGGCCUGGCCCCAGGUGGCUGGCUCCCUCUCCUUGCCCCCUUCCAGGGACCUAGGUGGAUAUUCCCUAGUCCCUGCCUCCCCCGGGCUCCAGUGACUCACUCGAGUCAGGGACAGAAGUGGGCUGUAGGCCCAGAAGCCCUGGCGCCCAGCCUGGGAUUGGAGAUACCAGGAGGGCACCCUCCGCCCCUCCUCCAAUGCCCCGUUUCCUUCCCAUGCACCCCACACUCGUCCACAGGCGCCUUCAUCCCCAGGAUGAUUUUACAGCAGGCCCACACAGGGGAAGUGACUGUCUCAGGGUCACACAGAUCAGAAGGGGGAUUGACCAGAUCAGACAGUAUUUGUCAGGGCCAGGACUAGGCAAGGGGAUGUGGAGGAGCCUAAGCACGUUUGUCAAAUAAAGGUUCUCUGGCAUGCCUGUGUCCCUGUCCUGGAGAAAUGGAGGCAGGGCAGGGAGGGC